GUACGUCGUUGCCUAGCAACAGACACAAACAGGAAGUGUCGGGCAGCAGAAAGCGGGAGGAGAACAUAGAUUAGAAUAAAGAAGACGUUAAACAGUGGAUUUGUGUUACACACAUUAAACAUUCGGGUGUGGAUGUAGUACCCCCCUCCUCCUCCCCCCCGAUGGCCGGUACACGGAUUUCGGAUCACCUGCCGCCGCUCAUCGACCCGGCGCGCGCUCCCGUGGCGUUCGGUAAUCGCGCGGUCCCGAGGCUGAUGACGGAGCUGCAGGCGGAGGAGCUGGAAAUCCGCCAGGGGGCGCUGCGUUCCCUGUGCGACCUUCUGCACGACCCCGAGAGAGCGUACGAGGCCCUGCAUCACGGGUGUUUAGACAGACUGAAGGUGUUGCUGAAGGAUGAGGACGGCGUGGUGAGGACGAAGACGACCGAGGCGCUGUGUGAGCUGGUCACACACAGCGUGGGGAGAGAGGGUGUUCUGCAGUGUGAUGUGCUCGGGCCUCUGUCAGAGCUGUUGGACGAGCCGGAGGACGCCUGCCGUGAGCAGGUGCACCGUGCGUUGAAGAUACUGUGCGAGUUCCCAGCGGGCGUGGCGCGCGUGGUGUCUCAGGGUCUGGUGCCGAGGCUGGUGCUGAAGGUCCCGGUAGAGCGCGAGGACAUCAGGGAGCUGGUCCUGUCCACGCUGAGCUGCUGUAUAAGACAGGACGCCCUCCCUGCUCUGGCCAGCGACGCCGUGUCCGUCCUGAAGGAGCAGCUGCACCACACGUCCACACUCAUUCGCCGCGCCGCCUCCUCCACCACUAUGGCCAUCAGCGUCCACGCGGAGGGGAAGGUGAGGUUGUGUGAGGAGGAGGUGGUCCCCAUGUUGGUGAAGCUGCUCUCUGAUGAGGACACGGAGGUCAGAGCUAACGCUGCAGGAGCCCUGAUGUACACCGCUGUCAUCACCAAAGGUAAAUAUCAGGCUCUCGAGGCCGGUGCUGUUCCUCUGCUGCUGUGUCUGGUGGACAGAGAGGACGUAGCACUGGUUGCUAACGUUCUCUGUGCGCUCACCUGUCUGGCCGAGACUCCGAGCGGCCGAGCACAACUGAUCCAACACCUGCCUCAGCUGGAGGCGUGUCUCAGCCACCCCGCCUCCAUCAUCCAGAGAGCUGCAGCCACCGCCAUCAAGGUCAUCUCCUGGACCCCCUGAGAGCCGGACAAGAAGGACGGUUUCAUUUCAAUAAGUUUAUGCGUUAACAUUUAUUACAGUCCAGAGGCGCGUUAGUUUCUCUCAAACAUCUUGUAUUGAUGGUAGUCGGCCUGCUGUGUAAAGCCUUCUCCAGGAGAAGACUCUGGGUUAGUAUGGAAUACGGUCAUGCCAUCAGGGAAGAAGAAAACCUUCAUAGAUGUGAUCCUCUGGUGAUUCAGUACAUUCAGGUGAUCAGCUGACUUCAUUUUAUUGCCCCAUAGUUACUGAGUCUAGACCUGAGUAACUGAUCAACCCCAGAUCAUAACACUGUCUCCAGAGGUUUGCAUAGUAUCACUUCAUCCGUCUCUCUUCAUACCCUGAUGCACCCAUCACUCUGGAACAGAGUAAACCUGGACUAAUCUGACCAUGAGACCUUUUUACAUCGCUCCAAAGUCCAAUCUUUAUGCUCCUUAAUAAACGAUGAGGCUCACUGAAAAAUGGUUUUCUUAAGGCUCGACAGCUGUUUAGUCCCAAACCCUUCAGCUCUCUUCACUUUGUGAGUGUGGAAAUGCUCUUACUUACACUAUUAAACAUAGCCGUGAGUUCUAUUGUUAUUGUUUUUUUUGUUUGUUUGUUUGUUUGUUUGUUUUAUAAUCCCAGGCAUUGUAUUUAAAAUAAUAGAUUAAAUCCAAUAUAGUUUUUAUGAUUAAAUCCAAUAUAGCCUUGUGUGCUUGCCUAAAAUUAAUACCUUAACCAUA